ACAUUUUUAUUAUGUCUUGUGCGCUGAGCUGAACCCCCAAAGUACAGGUAAUUCUUUCACUUUACACUAUUUUCCAUUUUCUCUUUGUUUUCUGAUUAUUCAACAUAUGCUCGGUUCGUAAUGCAUUUGCCAAGAAUCUGCUAAUUUCAUUUUACAUGCACUAUAUCAUAGAGGACUCUUGCGAGUGCAGAAAACUUCGAAUCUUUAAAAUAAAGCAUAAGCUCGUUUUUAUUUGUGCUGAACAAAAUGACAUUAGUUUUUAUAAAAAAUUUAAUUUAAUGGAAGUGAACUUGGGAUGUCAAAAUCGGCGUGGUUCUGUUAGUAAAACAAUUUAUUAAUAACCAACUAAUAACAGGCGUAAGUGUAUUGUAAGUGUAUACACUUGUCGUGUAGCAGGCUGCACUCAUCUGAUCUUCCUCUGCCCCUCUGUGCGUCCGUGUGCUCUGCUGCAAAAGUGUGGCAGACUGAAGAUGUUGCCUGACUCUGACUCCCGCAACCGCUGCGGGCUGCCAUGACCUGGCUUACUUGUUGCUUGCAGUUGGCUCUUGGCUGCUUGCUGUCUGCUGUCUGCUGUCUGCUUGAGCAGCUUAUGCAAAUUGUGUGCUUAUUGCCCAGCCAUGUGGGUGUCAGGCAGUCAUCCAGCCAGUCAGUCAACUAUCUGGGACGAUAGACUUGUUGCCUUUGUUGACAUUUCGUCAGACUGAAAGCGACUGGGUUUGCUUGGCAGACAGUCCAAGUAGGCUUGGCAGCAGUGAUCAAGGCUUUGCAGCAACACAGUUUACAGUGUAAUGCAUCUUCAGUUUGUGUUUAUCUGCUCGUUUAUAGCAGUUGGUUUGUCCACCUACUACUUGCCAUAUGACCAAGAUGACAGUGCUCAGCCCAAGAACCAUCCUUAUGCCAAAUAUGUAGUGUCGAUACAGACGAAGAUGCCCAAAUCGCAAUACUUUGGCACCAAUCACCUCUGCGUGGGCACAAUCGUGGCUCCCAUCUAUGUGCUCACUGCCUCGCAUUGCAUUUUUGAUAGAAAGCGCCUGAUGCGUCCCGACGAGCUAGUGAUCAUCGCUGGAGCACCUAAUCGACGAAAGCCCACAGAACACUCACGUCUCCUGCACAUCCAGUCGGUGUACCCAGGUGAGCGUGAAUCGGGCAUCAAGUUUAAUACCGAUUUGGCUCUGCUGCGGCUUCAGGACCAAGAUACACUUGAACUCAAUCUCACAUUCAACUUGGGCAUCGCGAGACUUGCCACUCGUCAGUCUUAUGCGCAGUUAAGGUGCAUUAGACUUGGCUGGGGUCGAGCGCAGAUUAAUGAAUCCUUUGCGGAGGUAUUGGUGUCACUGGCUAUGCAGCUGCAGCCCCAAAAGUUUUGCCACAGCUUGUAUCCCGGCAUCUAUAGGAAGCAGCUGUUGUGCGCCACAGGCUUGCCCGAUUCCUCGCAGGGUGUUUGUGGGGGCGAUCCAGGUGGGCCGCUCUUCUGUGGCAGUCACCUGACAGGCGUUUACACCCGAGAUGUCAUGUGCAGCAAUCGUUAUCCUGCUAUAUUUGUUUCCAUUGCCUCGCACUAUGACUGGAUACAGGGCGCCUUUUCAGGAGCCGAGAAAGCUCUUCCACUUUUAGUGUGGCUUAGCUUAAGAAUUAUUUGAAUUGACUUU